AUGGUCAACCCCACCGUGUUCUUCAACAUGGCUGUCAAUAAUGAGCCCUUGUGCCACGUCUCCUUUGAGCUGUGUGCAGACAAGUUUCCAAAGACAGCAGAAAACUUUCAUGCUCUGAGCACUGGAGAGAAAGGAUUUGGUUACAAGGGUUUCUGCUUUUACAGAAUUAUUCCAGGGUUUAUGUGGUUUAUGUGUCAGGGCAGUGACUUCACACACCAUAAUGGCACUGGUGGCAAGUCCAUCUAUGGAGAGAAAUUUGAUGACGAGAACUUCAUCCUGAAGCAUACAGGUCCUGAACCCUCACAUCCCCAAACCAAUUACUUGUCCAUGGCAAAUGCUGGACCCAACACAAAUGGUUCCCAGUUUUUCAUCUGCACUGCCAAGACUGAGUGGUUGGAUGGCACACAUGUGGUCUUUGGCAAGGUGAAAGAAGGCAUCAAUAUUGUGGAGGCCAUGGAGCGCUUUGGAUCUAGGAAUGGCAAGACCAGCAAGAUCACCAUUGUUGACUGUGGACAACUCUAAUGAAUUUGACUUGUGUUUUUUCUU